AUGAAUAAGUCACAGACGUUCAUUGUGACACAUUUUGUCUUACUGGGCUUUGCUAGUCCCUGGGAAAUGCAGAUUGCCCUUUUCUCACUAAUAUUCCUGGUCUACCUGUUGAUUCUGCCUGGGAAUUUGGCCAUCCUUUGUGCAGUGAGGUGCGACCACCAACUCUACACACCUAUGUACACGCUCCUGGCCGACUUCUCCCGCCUAGAAAUCUGGUAUGUGACCUGCACAGCCCCCAAUAUGCUUGUCAACUUUCUUUCCAAAACUAAGACCAUGUCCUUCUCUGGCUGCUUCAUUCAGUUCUAUUUCUUCUUUUCCCUGGGCACAACUGAAUGUUUCUGCCUCUGGGUCAUGGCUUAUGAUGGGUAUCUAGCUAUCUGUCACCCCCUGUACUACCCCUCCAUCAUGACUGGACAGCUCUGUGGUAUUUUGCUGUCUCUUUACUGGCUCAUUAGUUUCUUUGUAUAUUCACUUCCCAUUUUCUUCAUUUCUCAACUACCUUUCUGUGGUCCCAAUAUGAUCAACCACUUUCUGUGUGAUGUAGAUCCACUGAUAGCUCUGUCCUGUGACCCUACCCCCAUUGUAGGACAUAUCUUUUAUUCUUUGAGCAGUCUUAUCAUCACUCUCACCAUCUUGUACAUCGUGGGAUCCUAUGCUCUGGUGCUCAGAGUUGUGUUCCGGGUUCCCUCGUCUGCUGGGCGGUGAAAGACCUUUUCAACCUGUGGGUCCCACUUGGUUGUGAUUUCUCUGUUCUAUGGAACCAUAAUGGUGAUGUAUAUGAGUCCCACAUCUGGCAGCUCAGCUGUGGUGCAUAAGGUCAUCACACUAAUAUACUCUGCAGUGACUCCAGCCUUAAACCCUUUCAUCUACAGCUGCCGCAACAAGGACACGAAAUAUGCCCUCCACCAUGUCUUCUGUGGAACAAGAGUUAUCCAAAGUUCAUGA